AUGUUUAGCUUCGACGGAGAAUUUCGUCGUCGGCCGCAGCAAAACUUGGGCGGUGCUUCACUGAAAAGUGACCGUCUGUCAACCAUCCGGAAGGCACAGCAAGAACGCCAGAAGCGGGAGGAAGCCCGACGUCACCAAUGCGGUGCAAUCGUAAUUCAGUCCGCCGUGCGGAGUUUCAUCCACCGGCAGCAUACAAAACAACGCGAACGCCACAAGUUCGACGAGUACCGGAAAACGAACGGUGGCGUGCGUCAGGGACAGGAUUUAGAGUAUCUCAGUAAAAGGAUUAUAUUUUUCUAUCAUCUACGCUCCACCCAGGAUGGAGAACGACUGAUCUUUCUCUGUCAGUACAUGAUAAAGCACCCGGGAGAAGUGUUUAAUCUUGUCGAUCGGGACCCAAUCUGGACAUAUCGUAUCAAACGGCUGCUGGGCUUAUGUCUUGGGCAGAUUCUCCUUCCCGAAUGCUCACCGGCUAUACCGAUGCGCAUGCUGGAAAUUUACUCCUCCAAUACGUACAUCACGAAACAUACCCCGCCGGCUGGAGUAGAUCGGCAGCAAUACAUGCAGCGCUACCUUGUAACCGUUUACAGUUACCUUAUCGAACAGCAUUAUUUCGGAGUCGUGCGGCGACUUAUCGAGGAAAAGGUGCCACCGGUCGAUACGGAUUCUAGCUCACUGGCCCACCCAAUCGCAGGUGCCCUAUUUGAAAUGAUUUUGCGCCCGCUGCAGCUCAUCCAUCCUGACCCGCGGGAUAUCCUCAGCCGGCAGAUACUGCAAUCGUUCACGUUCAACGUGCUCUCGCCGGAUCUGUCCGAUCAGAUCAAACACUUUGUGUUACCGGCGUUGGGCGAGCGCAAGGAUUUCCCGUACUGGACGCUCGUGAGGUGUAUUUCCGACGAGUAUCAGGGCCUGCUCGAUUACAAGAGCUCGAUCUUGAUCGAUCUGACGGAUGAUACAUUUACCGGAAAUGUGUCCGCACGGAAGGGUGGCACUCCGAAGAAAGCCCGCAAGGAUCAAUCGACGAACGAGCGCCUGUGGUUAACUAGCUCGCUGUUGUUCGCCUUUCUGAAGCUAGACGAGCGGCACGUGGAUGAUACAUCGAAUACAAAAGGGCAGUUCAGUGCCUACCUCAAAGUAGUCGCCUCAAUGGUGGACAAUAUUACCAAACUACCUCGGAAGACGAUCCGCUCAUCAGUCAACCGGCCUUUGGAUGACUCGAGUGACUCGGAAUCAGACACGGAAGACGGUUCGUCUCUAAGUUCACGGGAGGCCGCCCUACUGCAGGAGGUUAUAGUCAUGCUUAACGAACGGCGUCGCGUGUCGUUUUUCGUACGCAUGAUCGACGCCGUGCUGGACGAACCGGUGGCCGUGCAGAACCUGUGCCAGAUCUGCCACCAGCUCAUGACGUACAAUCGAAUGGCGGUGUACGAGUACAAGCUGCUGUACAUGCUCGCGUCGAAGCCCAUGAUUAUCCGGGGCCUUUGGUACACAUUGACCGCCCACACGAUGGGUCAACUGUUUACCUCUCCGAUCGUGCUGCUUUCAAAGGGACUGAAUAUCUCGAAGGAAGAUUCCGAUCGUACCAUUCCGGUUCUGGCAUCGUUCUGUGCCCUGUUCGGUCGGCUUAUCGCCUCGUUACAUGACGGAGAGUUCGUGCAGGAAAACGUUCUCCCGGGGACGGUCAGCAGUAUCAUGCCGUUCAGCAUAGCGGAAUUGAUCCCGCUUAGCACGACGUUGAAGGAAAUUUCACUUGGUCUCGUCGAGCUAGCGUUCCCCGAGACACGCUCCUUCCUGCACGAGAACUAUCGCACGAUGAUAUCUUCCCUCGGCGGGACAAACAGCGCAGAUGCAACGGGGGGUCGUGCAGGAUCAGGCAGACGUACCGAACGGCUGCAGUCCGAUCAGAACAGGCAAACUUGGCCUCAUCUGCUGAAGGUGUGCGUUUCGUUGCUUCGCCAGAUACACACGCGUGACCUGCGCCGCUGUUUCUGCCCUGAAGGGCACUGGACGGCGCAAAAUCUGAACCUUCCGCUUGACAAACCCACCGAUCUGCACCUUUCGAGGGGUUCAAGGCGCGGCCCACGCCCGUUCCAGCCCAUACGCGAUUUUACCCGCGAGGACAUAGAGGAUGGGCCGCCACUCUCCACCAAGCAGAUUCGUUCGAUCACGAUACUGCGCGAGAUUCCGUUUGUGGUACCGUUCAACACCCGAGUCGGGGUGUUCCAGGGGCUUGUGGCGGCCGAUAAACUGCGCACGCAAGGAGAUUUGCAAGGGUUCCUGCAAGGACCCUCGAUUCAUCUCACCGUCAGAAGGUCCCAUCUGUACGAGGAUGCGUUCGAUAAGCUAAGCCCAACGAACGAGCCUGAUCUACGACCAAAGUUUCGCAUAGAGAUGGUCAAUUCCGUGGGUCUUCGCGAGGCUGGCAUCGAUGGUGGUGGCGUUUUUCGUGAGUUUUUGUCUGAGCUAAUCAAGCUGGCUUUCGAUCCGCAUCGAGGCUUUUUUAUGAUAACGAAAGACAAUAUGCUUUACCCCAACCCGAGUGUGGGGAAAAUUGUGGAGGAUUUCCAGCGUCAUUACUACUUCAUCGGGCGCAUCCUAGGUAAGGCACUGUACGAAAACCUGCUCGUGGAACUGCCGCUGGCGGAAUUCUUCCUCUCCAAGCUGGCCGGCAAACAUUCGGACGUGGACGUUCAUCAGCUAGCCUCGCUAGAUCCCGUGUUGUACAGAAAUUUAAUGUCUCUUAAGGCGUACGAAGGGGAUGUUGCUGAUUUAGGAUUAGAUUUUACUAUCGUCUGUGAUGCGUUGGGAGAAACCAGGGUGGAAGAACUAAAACCGAACGGUGCCAACAUCAUCGUGAACUCGUCAAACCGUAUCGAAUACAUCCAGCUGAUGGCGGACUUCAAACUGAAUCAGCAAAUCCGUGCGCAGUGUGCCGCGUUUCGGCAAGGGCUAGCCAACGUCCUGCCGAUCGAGUGGCUGUACAUGUUCAGCAACAAGGAACUACAGGUGCUGAUCUCCGGUGCCGAGAUUCCGGUCGACGUCCAUGACUUGCGGCAGCACACGCGAUACGGGGGCGACUUUUCGCUUGAACAUCACACGAUCCAGCUGUUCUGGAAGGUGGUCGAACAAUUCGACGACAUCCAGCGCCAGUUGUUGCUGAAGUUUGUCACCAGCUGCUCGCGUCCGCCUCUGCUCGGCUUCAAGGAUCUCGACCCACCGUUCUACAUACAAAACGCGGGCGACACCGACCGCCUGCCGUCGGCCAGCACGUGCAUGAACCUGUUGAAGCUGCCGGCCUUCGAGGAGGAAGAUGUGCUGCGCGAGAAACUACUGUACGCCAUCCAGAGCGGGGCUGGCUUUGAACUGAGCUAAGGUAAUACAUUCGACGAGUGAAGGAUUCCCGGGAAGGGGGUAGUAAAAUCUUAUGAAUGUUAGCUUAACUUUUGUAAGCAAAAGUGGCGCUCUGACGCACCCAUGAAGCGGCUUUUCUCUACUUCCCUUCGUUUGGUGUGAACAUA